AUGGAUGACGACGGGUGGCCAGAGGAUGGCACGAGCACGCGGCCGCCACCGGUAAAAGAAACGCCACUGCCCAAGAAGGAGAUGUUCGUCACGGCCUGCAUCUACCUCAGCGAGUCGUUUGCCAACUCCAUGCUCUUCCCAUUUGUGGCAUUCAUGGUCUGGGACUUCGGGCGGGUGCUGAUGGUGGGCAUGGCCGGGUCGCUCGUGAGCGUGCUCGGGUUCGGGCUGAGCGUCAACUUUGCGUGGGCGCUCAUCACGCGCACCAUCCACGGCCUCCUCAACGGCAACCUCGCCGUGGCCCGGUCCUACAUCGGCGACGUGACCGACGGCACCAACCAGGCCCGCGCCAUGUCCGUCACCUCCCUCAUCUACGGCCUGGGCGUCAUUCUGGGUCCGACGGUGGGCGGCUUCUUGUCGCAGCCGACGCAGAAGUACGGGGCGCUGUUCCCGCCAGACACCUUCCACGGUGACUUCCUGGAGCAGUUCCCCUACUUCCUCCCGUGCUUCGUCUCCACCCUCAUCUCCGCCACCGGCAUGGUGGGCGGCUAUAUGUUCCUGGAGGACAAGAAGAAGCCCAGCCUGGCGCUGGUCAUCGACGAAACGCCGUCGCCGCGCCGCCGACGGUCCUCCACGGCCUACGCCGCUGCCGCCGCGCAGAAGACAGAAGACGGCGGCGAGGCGCUCGACGAGGAGGCGGAGCGGCGGCUCAGGGAGGAGGUCCAGCGCGAGCUCGACCUCGAACUCGCCGAGGCCAAGGAGCACUUGCUCCAAAAGAUGCGGGAGGAGGAGUCGAAGAAGAAGCGCGGCAACUGGGAGGAGCUGCGGCUGAUCAUGAAGGACGUCGACGUGGUGAUCUGCGCGCUGCUCUACGGCCUGCUCACCUUCUCGGUGCUCGUGUUCGUCGAGAUCUUCUCGCUGUGGGCCAUCAACAAGCCCGAGGUGGGCGGCCUCGACUUCUCGUCGACCGACGUCGGCGCAGCGCUCGCCGUCGUGGGCCUCACCAUCGUCGUCUUCCAGCUCUUCAUCUACCCCACCCUUGAGAAGCGAUUCGGUUCGCUGAUGAUGUUCCGGAUCGGACUCGCGCUGUUGAUCCCCGUCUUCGCGGUGUUUCCGGCGCUCAACCUGGUGGUGCCGAUGGGGCAGGUCGUGCUGUGGAUGCUCGUCAUUCCGCUCAGCAUCGUGCGCGCCCUCGGCGCCACGCUCUGCUACACCGCGGUCUUCGUGCUGAUCAACAACACCGCCAGCCCCGAGACCAGAGGCGCCGCCAACGGAUUCAGCGAAGCCGUCGCCUCCAUCGCCAAGACCAUCGGACCCGUCGCCGGCGGCGCGAUCUUCGCCUGGUCGCUGACCAACGACCUCUCGUUCCCGUUCAACCACUACUUCAUGUUCCUCGUGCUCGCCGUGUCCGCCGCGCUCGGCCUCCUGCUCUCGCUCCGGCUCACCCGCAGUCGCGUCGACGGCGCGCGCCAGAGCGCCGACGAGGCCAAGGGCCUCCUGCGCGACUGGCAGGACAAGGAGCGCCAGAGGGCCACCGCCGCCACUGCUCGCGCCGAUGCCCUCCUGUCCGGCGGGCGCAAGCGCACACUGGGCGACAGCGAAGACAAUGUCUGA